AUGGAAUCUAAAAAGGAUAUCAUCAAUCAAAGUAAUACUAAUGAUAUCGUUCAGCUUCCUACAAUCAUACCGGAUUAUAUCGUUAUCAACCUUCCUGGUAUGGAUUAUCCUGUAUUGAUAUACCCUAGUUCUGUUGAAGAAAAACAUUUUGACAUAUCUAGCAUAUGUCCAAAAGAAUUAUCACAUCAGUCCCGUGAUCACGUGCCAUCCGAGACUGUAAAAGAAGUUCAAUCAAAUAUAAGUAACCCUGAUUUGUUUCUUGGUGAAACCUCUUCUACUUUUGAAAUAAACUCCAAAGUUCAAUCUACAACUACUUGCUUUCCUAAUGAACAAUUAUUUAAUAUACAAGAUUCUUCAUUUGAUGUGAACUUGCCUCCUCAUGGUUGCUAUCAUGUCAAUGAAGUUAAUGGAUUCAAUAAUAACUCUACUGUGGUCGAAAAUAGCUCAAAUGAUAUGUUUCAAUUAUCGGAAACUGAAAUAGUUUCUUCAUCAGAAUUGGAUUUGACCCCUGAUGGUUUAAUGGUUAAAUUACCGGCUAAAUCUAAUAAACAAUUGAAAGGGCAUUCAAAAACUCCUGUACCAAUCAUUGAUACCAAAAAUAUUCCAACAAACUUUGUUGAAGAAGAAGAGUAUGCUGAUGAAGAGGAGUCAGAAUUGCUUCGAUCUUCUUUAUCAUCACCACAUUCAACAAUUUCAUCUACUUCCUUUUCGAUGUCUGUACUUUCAACAACAUCAACUUAUGCUGAAUCAAUGAAUACUAUAAUAUCAACUUCUUCUUUACAAACUAUUGACAAAGCAAUCAUUUCAUCAUCAACCUAUUCCACUCCAUCAUCAUUCAAUCAGUCUCCUGAAUUCAAGGCCAAUUCCAUUAAUGAUGAUCAUAUAGAUGAUCAAUACAUCGAUGAAAUUCCUUAUAAACAAGAAAAUGGUAAGCCAUAUUAUAUAUCAGAGCGAUCUAUAUCACCUGAACAUUUAUCACCGGUGAUUGAAGAAGACGAGACUCUAAUUGCGAUACAAAAUAGUCAAAUAUCCGAUUGUUCAACAUUGAAUGAAUAUGAUAUAAAGCAAUUAAGUGAAUCCGAAGAUCAACAUAUCGAAUCACAUGUUCAGGAUGACAGUGAUUUCGAACAAUCUUGUGAUGAAUAUGUCAUUAAAUCCAAUUUAAAUUCCGACGAAAUCCAUUCGGAAGCUGAUCAUUGUCCCGAUCUUUAUCCUGAACAUUGUCCUGAACUUGAUGCUAUUGAUGAUUAUUUGCAAACACUCAAUCUUGAAAAAAAUGAAGAAAAAUACGAAGCGAUGCGUCUUCGUCAUCAAUUAAAGAUUAUUCGGGAAGCUCCUUACCCU